AUGUCUUCUACUGACAGCACCCAGCCCGCAUUUCCGAGAUCGCGGACAGAAUGGCGCAAAGCGCUAGAUGAAUUACCGUCUACUCCGGACAAUAUCCCGUCCUUUUUCUUUGGACACGGCUCUCCGUUUCUUGUAUUCCCCGAGUCCGAUGUUCAAGGUGAUUCACCUGUUUCGAGACAAAUGGGUCCGAAGGGUCCUCUUGCUACCUUUCUGCGAGACUUUGGACCGGCGUUGCUCGCCAAAUAUAAACCUAAAGGUAUCGCGGUUUUCAGCGCUCAUUGGGAGACUGUAGGAGAGCGCGUCGUGACUGAUUACGGGGAUCUGAAUCCCGUUUUAAUGGAUUACUACGGCUUCCAGCCUGCGCUGUAUCAGCUUCAAUUCAGAUCUCGAGGGGAUUCGGCGCUCUCCAAGCGCAUUGUAGAACUUUAUAAAGAGGCUGGUCAUCUUGCUCGUACGACGACUAAGCUAGAAGCACGCGGAGAGGAUGGUAGGGGCUUCUCAGGUCCCGGCUUGGAUCAUGGAGUAUUCGUCCCAUUCAAAUUGAUGUUCGGCGAAGUGUUCAUGGACGUGCCCGUUGUUCAAAUAUCUAUUGAUGGGAGUUUAAGUCCUGAGAAAAAUUGGGCAAUCGGCACGGUUGUGGAGCAGUUACGACAUGAAGGCAUCUUGGUAUUGUCGGGCGGUCUAUUGGUGCACAACUUGCGUAACAUGGGUUCAUUCGCUGAAGAAUCUGCGUCAACUGCUGUGAAACAAUUCGACCACGCGAUCUUGGAUGCAGUCACUAUCGUGGACCCUGGUCUCAGGCAUAAAGAAAUGAUUAACCUGACACAACACCCCGGAUUCCGUGCUGCACAUCCUCGUGCAGAGCAUUUCAUUCCGCUGUAUGUAGCUGCAGGUGCUGGAGGGGAAGGUAAAGUCAAGGUCGUUUCCGCGAUCUACGGAUCCUCUACAUUUGCUUUCGGUCUGUAG